AUGUCGAACGCAACGUAUAAUAGGAUAUGGCACCAGACACAGGACAGCCUCAAUUCUUUGCUCGACAAAGAGUCUCAGAAGAUUGAGCCGCAUCAAAGCCAGGUGCUCAUCUUCCAAAUGCUGGCCACCUUCUACAUCAAGUACGUGCAGAUCUUCCGGAAGAUGGAGAACGUCUACGACCAGAUCGUGCACCCGCAGAAGCGAAUCCUGAUCCGGAAGAUGCUGGACGGGGUGAUGGGCCGCAUCCUGGAACUGAAGAGCGAGAUGGUGGAGCUGGAGCUCACCGAGUUCCACUACUUUGAUGACCUUCUGCAGGACCUGAAGCUGAUUCCUCAACAGUUAGAUAUUCCCAUUCCCAGAUAUUUUCUGAAGGAGAAAUUGGAAAUGAUAAAAGGAAGAGAGAAGAUCCUUGCUCAGAUCUUAGCGGAAUGUGGACUGGAUGCAGCGAGCACGAGAAAAGCCGUGAAGGUCAUGCCGCUGGACGAAGCCAUUAAGGUGAUCCAGGUCGCGGAGCGGGCCCGUCAAGGUCGCCUACGGGCCCUGUUCAUGAAGCAGAUCUUCCUCCGUGAGGUCAGGGCCCGGCAGAACCGGCUGAUGGGGGACAAGGCCCCGGACGUGGUGGGCGCCGCUCUGUGCAUCCAGAAGAUUUGGAGAGCCUUCUAUCAAAGAAAGAAAACUAAGAAAGAGAGAGAAGAGGAGAUGAUCUUCCUGGGAAUGAACCCACCGCCCCAGUUUGACCAAAUCAGCACGGUGGUCCUGCAGGCCCAGAGGGAGUGCUCCCGGCGGGACGACGUGCAGAGCAAGCAUGAGAAGGACUUCCAGGAGGCCCUGGUGAGCAUCAAGGAUGAGCUGUUGCUGGUGGAAGGCCAGGACAUCAAGGAGAACCUGCAGGACCAGAUCCGCCACUGGUUCAUCGAGUGCAGGAACUUGACCGGUGCCUUUCCCGAGUAUCCGAAGGUGGAAGAGGGAGGCUCAGCCAUCAUCUUCUCUAACAAGACUCCACAGGAGGUGAUUGCCAACAUUAUUGAGAGCCAGGACGAGGAUGAAAAGGACAAGAAGAAGAAGGAAAAGAAACAGAAGAAGCCUCCGAAAGACCGAAAAGGAAAGGAAGAGAAAGUUAUAAAAGAACAAGUCAAGGAAGAAGAUGAGGAGUGGAAAAUGGCCCCGAGCCUCUUCCUCCCCGGGAUGGAAGAAGGGAGAAGUGCAUAUGAAGCUAUCUGGAAGAACAAAGAUGAAUCUUGGAACUUCCACCAGGACUAUGAUCCAGAAAUGAUUAAAGACGAGAAACGGAAGGAAUUAGAAUCUGAGCUCAGGGUGCAGGUUGAUGAGUUGAUGAGACAGGAAUUGAAGAAUUUAAAACUCGUUGUGGACAGAGAAAAGGAAUUACCAACCAAAGGAAAGAGAGAAGGUAAAAAGAAGGCGAAAGAGAAGAAAGGCAAAAGAAGGGAGAAGAAGGAUAAGGACCUGACCGAGAACAGGAGCAUCGAGUCUCUGUACAAGGAGCUGGUGGAAGAGGGGCUGCUGAUACAGGCGUCGAAGGUCAACCUCUCCGAUUACAUCGGUGAGUACAGCUACCUGGGGACCACGCUGCGCCAGCUGGGCAUAGAGCCCAUGCCGUCACUUAUGGAUGUCAGACAGCUCAUCGCCCUCUACGGAGUCCUGCCACUAGGAUCCGCGACGGUGCACGAGAAAGCCCCUCUGGUGAAAUCCCUGCUGCUGGCUGGGCCCUCAGGGGUUGGGAAGAAAAUGCUGGUCCAUGCCAUCUGCACAGAGACAGGGGCCAACCUCUUCAACCUGUCAGCAUCCAACAUCGCCAGCAAGUAUCCGGGCCGGAAUGGCCUCCAGAUGAUGGUGCACAUCGUCUUCAAGGUGGCCCGGCAGCUCCAACCGUCCGUGCUGUGGAUCGGAGACACAGAGAAAACCUUCUACAAGAGAGUGCCGCUCCAGGAGAGGAAGUUGGAUCCUAAGCGCCUGAAGAAGCAACUUCCCAAGAUCCUGAAGCUUCUGAAACCAGAAGACCGGAUCCUGAUCGUGGGGACCACCAAGCGGCCCUUCGACGCAGAACUCCACUCCUUCUGCAAAGUUUACCAGAAAAUCAUCCUGCUUCCCAGACCAGACUACGCCUCCAGAUACGUCCUCUGGAAAGAAAUCAUCCAGCAAAACGGAGGGGUCGUGACGAAAUCUCUGAACAUUAGCUGCCUAGCGAAGGUCACCGACGGCUUCACGCAGGGGCACAUCGUCCAAGCGGUAAAGCAGGUGCUCUGUGACCAGAGGCUGAAGCAUCAGACCAAGAAGCCCCUGGUGGCCGCGGAGUUCAUCCGCAGCAUGGCUGGAAUGGAGCCCGUGUACCAGGAGGAGGAGGAGAGCUUCAAGAACUGGUAUGCCAAAACCCCUCUGGGCAGGAAGCGAGUUUUAGCCCUAACAGGCAGUGAAGAAGAAAAGGAUAAAGGGAAGCAGAAGGAAAAGGAUAAAGGGAAACAGAAGGAAAAGGAUAAAGGAAAACAGAAAGCAAAGGUGAAAAAGAAAAAGUAG